UUCCUUUCCCGGGAGCCCGCAGGCCUGCUGCUGACCGCUCCCGCUGGCGUUUCGGACCGUGGACCCCACCACCUGGAGGGUCGUGGUGGACGCGGAGGUCCUCGGCUCCGUCCAGAUGCUGUCUGGAGAGAUCGGAAGUUUACAGAUAUGAUCCAGACCGGACCGUGAAUUACUUUGGUUGAUCAGAGUGAACAUUCAAUAAUGAGUGGUGCAGCUUUGGGACUCGAGAUUGUUUUUGUCUUUUUUCUGGCAUUGUUUCUCCUGCAUCGAUACGGAGACUUUAAGAAACAGCAUAGACUUGUCAUUAUUGGAACACUGCUUGCUUGGUAUCUCUGCUUCCUUAUCAUCUUCAUAUUGCCUUUGGAUGUUAGCACGACUAUAUACAACCGGUGCAAGCAUGCAGCUGCAAACUCAAGCCCUCCAGAGAACAGCAACACUUCAGGGUCAUUUGCAACUGCUACCCCAGCUCCAAGCAGUCAACAUCUAUGUUUCAAGCCAUGGAGUUACAUUCCUGAUGGAAUCAUGCCAGUUUUCUGGAGGGUAGUGUAUUGGACAUCGCAAUUUUUAACAUGGAUCCUGUUGCCCUUCAUGCAAUCGUAUGCAAGGUCAGGAGGGUUUUCCAUCACUGGGAAGAUCAAAACAGCUCUGAUUGAGAAUGCCAUCUAUUAUGGCACCUAUUUGCUGAUUUUUGGAGCAUUUUUAAUUUAUGUAGCUGUAAACCCACAUUUGCACUUAGAAUGGAACCAGCUGCAGACAAUUGGGAUAGCUGCUGCGAAUACCUGGGGUCUGUUUCUUCUCGUGCUGCUCCUGGGAUAUGGCUUGGUGGAAAUCCCUCGUUCAUACUGGAAUGGAGCAAAAAAGGGUUACCUGCUUAUGAAGACUUAUUUUAAGGCAGCAAAACUGAUGACGGAGAAAGCAGAUGCAGAGGAAAACUUAGAAGACAUCAUGGAGGAGGUUCGUAAAGUGAAUGAAAGCAUCAAGUAUAACCACCCAUUGAGAAAAUGUGUUGAUACAAUACUAAAAAAGUGCCCUACAGAGUACCAGGAAAAAAUGGGUAGGAACAUGGAUGACUAUGAAGAUUUUGAUGAAAAACAUAAUACUUACCCAAGUGAAAAAAGUCUCGUAAAAUUGCAUAAACAGGUCAUUUACUCCGUUCAGAGGCACCGUCGAACUCAAGUACAGUGGCAGAUUCUUUUGGACCAAGCAUUUUAUCUAGAAGAUGUAGCAAAAAAUGAGGCCAGUGUAGCCCAUCAGUUUGUUCACACCUUCCAGUCGCCAGAGCCAGAAAAUCGGUUGACCCAGUACUUUUAUAAUCCCACAGUUGAAUGGUACUGGGAAUGCCUUUUACGGCCGUGGUUUCAUAGGAUACUUGCUGUGAUCUUGUCCAUCUUCUCUGUGAUUGUUGUGUGGUCAGAGUGCACCUUCUUUAGCACGAGGCCUGUCUUAUCCCUCUUUGCCGUCUUCAUACAGCUGGCCGAAAACACAUACAACUAUAUUUAUAUCGAGAUUGCUUGCUUCCUUUCCAUCUUCUUUCUGAGUAUCUGUGUUUAUUCCACUGUGUUCCGGAUCCGAGUUUUUAAUUAUUAUUACUUGGCUUCACAUCACCAGACGGAUGCUUACAGCCUUCUUUUCAGUGGCAUGUUAUUUUGCCGUUUAACUCCUCCUUUAUGUCUUAAUUUCUUGGGUUUGACCCACAUGGAUUCAUCCAUCUCUCACCAGAAUACUCAGCCAACUGCUUAUACCUCUAUUAUGGGUUCCAUGAAAGUUUUAUCCUUUAUUGCAGAUGGAUUCUAUAUAUAUUAUCCUAUGUUGGUGGUGAUUCUCUGCAUUGCUACUUAUUUUAGCUUGGGAACCCGUUGUUUGAACCUCCUUGGUUUCCAGCAGUUCAUGGGAGAUAAUGAUAUGACUUCUGACUUAGUUGAUGAAGGAAAAGAAUUGAUCAGACGAGAGAAGCGAAAAAGGCAAAGGCAGGAGGAAGGUGAAAAUCGAAGAAGAGAAUGGAAAGAACGUUAUGGACAAAAUAGAGAAGAUUCUACUAGAAACAGAAAUGUUCAUACUAACCCAAAAGAAUCAAACUUCUCAGACGUUAAUCCCAAUCGGUCAGCAUCCAAAUAUACCAGGGGUAAUAACAAUAGGACUGAAAGGGACCGAAUAGAACUUCUUCAAGAUCCAGAACCUAUGGAUUUUAAUGCGGACACAUUCACAGAUGAUCCUCUUGACCCUGAAUCAGGAAGAUAUCAGCCUGGAGGACGGUACCUCUCAAUGUCUCGCAGUAGAAUAUUUGAUGAUGUCUAAAGUCUGAAAGGAUAUAUGGAACAAUGAGUUGACGUCAGCACAUCAGUUACAGCCUUUGUGAACAUCUGUGUGUGUAAAGCUUACUCUGUGUUCCUGGUAAAAAAGUAUCAGAGUAAUGGGGAAAAGGCAUAGAGAAUUACUUCCUAGUAAUAAUAGCUUGUCUACUGUUCAUUGACUAGAACAUCAUCUUUCCUAAUAGCAUUUACUAUAUAACAUUCUUUGAGUAUCUGCCUUAGAAGUACAGUUAUCCUGAAACGAUACAAUUUGUGAUAAAAAAAACACAACAGCAUAUGUUGAGAGCAUGAAGUUCAGCUUCAUUUAAUUUUUUCAGGAAAGUUGUUUUUGGUUUUUUUCCCAAGGUCCAUGUAAGCUAUAAAUCAUAAUGAGAGGUAUAUAUAUAUAUAACUGUUUCUAAAGAAAGUGUUCCAACUGUGUAAGAGGUCUUCAAAAAGUUUGUGGGACAUAGAAUCAAAAGACAAUGGAAUUUGCCACAUACUUUUUGAAGCCCCCUUGCACUUCCCAAAGAGAUGCAAGUGAAGAAAGACCUCAAAUCAUAAUCCUACUCACAAAACCCAUGUCUUAGAGCAAGGCUCUUUUUUAACUCUGCAAAAUCAGCCAAGUUUUUGCAUGCAUAAUUAAGAUUAUCCUUCAACUGCUAGUGAUAAUAUCUUUGCAACUUGUAGAAUAAUCAGGUGAUGCCUCAUUCUUUCUGUAUUUAGUAGUAACUGGGAAUUCUUUUGCACUUUGAUAUUGCUUUGUAAAAGAUUUUUAUUUCAGAGAGAAAUGUUUGCCUUUAUCAUUUAACAUAUUAACAUAAGUGCUGAUCAUUCCUUUCAAGGAAUGUUUUUGUUUUUAGAUUUUUUUUUUAAUAGCCAAAGAGUCCCACAAAAUGUCCUGAGUUUUUGAGGCGCCUGCUUUAUAUUUUUAUUAGAAAAACAAAUCUGAUGAUGGACAAAGGGAAAACACAAAACCACUCACUGCUGUUACUAACCCCAAAAUUGUAGUUGUUUCAAAAGCUGAAAGCUAAAUUGGAAUGGAAAUGUGUUCAAUAACUUGUUGGUUAUUUAAACAUUGAUUUUUUGAGUGUGUGUGUUUAAGCCAAAGUCCGGUAUUGCAUUUGAAAGUACCAGUGUUUUAUGCAGAGUGAACCUAGUUGAAGUGCAGUAUGCUUACAGUCUUUAUAUCCCUGAAAUUGUUUCAAAUUGUAAGAGUUACAUCAUAUACUAGUACAGUCCCUGUUGAACACUUGUUAUAGAGAAUCGUUACUGUUGCUCACUUUCACACUGGGCUGUCCCAGUUUGAGGAGAAACUGUGUAGUUACUCUAAUGAUAAGAUUGUUUGCUUCCUGAAGGUAAUUUCUAAAUCAUGUAUGAAUUUUUAUUUUUCUCUUUAAAUAGUGUAAUCGUACUUCUCUUUAAAGAUACGAUUCCCUCUGGGUACUGAAAGUAGUCGUGUCACACUUCUUACCAAUUUUUCUUGAAUUUUUAUGAUCUUUGAGCUUGAGAUCCCCUAUAAAAUGAUUAUCAGUGGAAUAUUUCAGAAUCCAAGGUCAUAGAAACCCUUCCUUUGAAUGCACAUACAUGUACACAGAGCCCUUUCUGGUGAAGAUUGGUCAGAGAGCACUAGACCAAGAGCAGAGAUAGUCAUGUACUGUUUAUAACCUCCUGAUUGACUCACUGAAUACCCUGGGCAAAUCACAUAGCCUUUCUGUGCCUCAGUUUCUUCAUUUCCAAAAUGAAGAUAAAACUAUUAUCUGCAUUCUACCUCACAAAGCCAUUGUAGAGGUAUUGCUUUGAUGUAUAUACGAUACCACUGAAAAAUACAAAACAAAGUAAAUCAUAAGCCCAGCUAUUUUUACCAGUGGUGCUUAAAGGUGUUAAAGGUGUCAUUAAUCAGUCUGGCCCCUUAUUAUUACAACGAAACAAGAUCCCAGGUAGAAAACUCUGAAAUAAUUCAUCAGAGGUCCUGUGAAAACCAUUUUCUUUAUAACGUUUCAUCAUUCAUCCUUUAAACAGAAUCUGUUUUGUGAGCUAAACAAUAGUACAUACAAGAGAUUUCUCUUUUGAAGAGUUUAUUUAAAUUGAAUGACAUUUAUUGCAAAAGAUUACUAAAUUCAUAUACUUCACAGGCAAAGGGAGUCUUGAAGAACUACUUUUGUCACUUUUGAUGUCUUUUUUAAUAAGUAACUAGAGUUUUUGAAAUUACCUUUAAAAUAAUAGUUAGGUCAAAAUACUCUGUAAGCUAGUAAUUCACAAUAACCUCAAAUUAAUAGGAAGUAAUAAUCUCUUAAUUUCAUGACUUACCUAUAAAUUGCUGAUUAACUUUUUUUUCCACUGCGUCAGUGACAUUAUCAACACAGCAUUUUUUUGUUAAAAAAAAACACCAAAAUCCUUAAGUAUAAAAUAAAGUACUAGCCAAAUUAUUAUAAUUUGCUCCCUUGCCAAAUGCAUACACAAGUCUCAGAAUAAACUUUAACACCAAGUUUGUAAAGAAUAGAUAAAAUAAUCUGCACUUUGUAAAGAAUAGAUAAAAGAAUCCGGGAGUCCAAAACUUAAUUUGUUCUUGGAUCACAUGUAAUUAUACCACUUGAAUGGAUUAUCCGUUCUGAGGUCUAAGCUGGAUCUAUGCCUAAGUUAAAUGGGGACAACAAAGAAGUUCUGGUAGCUGUCUGGGUUAGGCUUCGAGCUCGUUAACUGCAAGAUCAGCUGUUCAAACCCACCAGCUACUCCAAGUGAGACUGGAGCGCCCAUAAAGAUUAACAGUCUCAAAAAUGUUGCACUAGGGUCACUGUGUUGGGCCAUUGUCUGUUGGGGGCAACUCGAUGGCAGUGGGCUUGGUUUGGGGUAGCAUUUUAAUGAAAUUUCAUUUAUUUGCAAUAGUAAGCCUCAUUUUAAAAAACCUCCAGUAAGCUUAAAGAGUGUUCUUGAUGGUUAUUGAUUACCAUAGUAAAGGAAAAACAAACCCUCUACAAUUGUAGUUCAUUCUGAACAGAGAUGUGAGCUUGUGGGCUAGGCUAGAUCAUUGCAUGGUUAAAUAUAAAACAUCUUCCUUAAAAAGAAAUCUUAACACACUUGAAUCUCAAAAUAUAAUGGAUUGUGUCAAAGCACAUGCUAAACAUUGAGAAAUGUACAAAUUGGGGUAGGUGGGGUUGCCCUUUCCUCUCUUUAGACUUUUUAAUGACUGACAUUUCCCUUCCCUUUGUUUUGUGUACUGUACACAGUCGUUCUGAAUGAGCAGUAUAAUUAAAGGAACUGGUUCUGACUACAGACCCCACUACAUGAAAUAGCAGUAUUGCACCUGAAGUAGGGUAGCCGAUGCUGCUGACAGCUAAGCUGUAACUGAAUGCAAAUGUGCACUGGCCGUCUCAAGUGAUGUCUUUUAGGUCACUUAGGAGGCAACGUCAGUAAAAUGAGUUCUUUCCAGUGCAAUGCUUGGGAUACAAGUAAACUUCCAAAGUACAGGUGAUUGCUAAGGAAAUAAAUAAAAGCAUUAGCCUCCAGUCUUCUUUUUAUGAAGAGGACUUCUAAUAGCAUACACAGCUGUCAAAAUAUCCCUUAGGAGAGCUGGGAACAAUGCAAGAGGGUAACAGGAUGCCUUCCAAACUAGGGUGCCCCUCUGUGAGGUGCUUCUUUUUAGCCAGUGACUUGAAAUCGGGCCUUUUCCCAAGUCCUGGAGACCAGGCAGUCUUUCCUCUGCCCCCUUCCCCUGACCCGUGCUCAGCACUGGGAACACUCUGCCCUGACAUGGCCCGGAGCAGCCUGGAUUUCCUCAGCGUUUCAUUUCCUCAGUGUAAUUGAACAUUUUUUACACUUCGUUAAUAACACAUGAAGAUUGGCAGGUCGCUUGCUUUUAACACAUUCCUUGAGGGGAAAUGAACUUUUCACUGGAAAGCCUUUUCUUUUGUGGUUGUCUUGAUCGCAACACUUUUCUUGGUAAAAGGAGAAUAUGACUGUAUUAAAUGCAAAGUUAGAAAGAGUGGUUUACUAUGAGAAUAAUGUAAGUAGCAGACUUGUGAAAAUAAUAUUAAAUCUUGGGCUGGCUGUACAUAAUUUAGAGUCAAUAUUGCUCACAUAAAUCCUGUCAGCCUCGUCAGUGAAAGUGUAUUUCUCAAAAGCAUGCUGGCUAGCAUCUUCCCUACACAGUGUACCAACGAGUGGGGGGGAACAAUGUGGUUUUUUUUUUCAAGCAAUCCAAUGGAUUUGUUUUUGUUCAUAUUUUAUAACAACUUGAAGGAUUUUUCUCACUUUAGGAAGUAGAGAAUAUGUGCACCUAUCUUUCAAACUGCUGUAAUAUAAUAUAUAGUUUUAAAUUAUACCAUU